GGGGCGGGGAGGUCUGGCGCUGGGAGCGGAGAUAAGAAAGGAGGCGGGGCUUGUAGGAUGCCAGGAACAGAGAUGGCCAGCGAGGAGGAGCCGGAGGCCGCCCAGCCCCCCAGGAGAAAGAGGUUCACCAUUCCCCUGGAGGAGGCUCCGCCCCUGGAGGUGAAGUCCUUAUUCAAGUCCAGCCGCAGCGCCCCUCCAUCCGCCACCUCUGUCCGUGAGGCACCCCCAACCUAUGCUGACUAUACAACAGCCGGGCUCUGUUCUAGAGGGACCCGGCCUGAGGCUGCUCCCCAAGGGGCCCGGGCAGAAGCUGGUCCCCAAGGGGCCCGGCCUGAGGCUGCUCCCCAAAAAGUCGGGGCAGAAGCUGCUGCCCAAAAAGCCCAGGCAGAAGCUGCUCUCCAAGGGGCCCGGCCUGAGGCUGCUCCCCAAAAAGUCGGGGCAGAAGCUGCUGCCCAAAAGGCCCAGGCAGAAGCUGCUCUCCAAGGGGCCCGACCCGAGGCUGCUCCCAACCUGGGACUGCCUGCAGGAGACACUGCCAACCAGGGCCCUCAGGGGCCAAAAGCUCCCACCAAGAGCAGCAGCAUCACUGUGAGCCCCCGACAGAGGGGAAAUCCUGUCUUGAAAUUCAUAAGGAACGUGCCUUGGGAAUUUGGAGAAAUUGUCCCCGACUACGUUAUGGGCCAGAGCACCUGUGCCCUCUUCCUCAGCCUGCGCUACCACAACCUGCACCCCAAUUACAUCCAUGACCGUCUGCAGGGGCUGGGGAAGAACUACGCCCUGCGGGUACUCCUGCUCCAAGUAGACGUGAAGGACCCUCAGCGCGCCCUGAAGGAGCUGGCCAAGAUGUGCAUCCUGGCUGACUGCACCCUGAUUCUGGCCUGGAGCCCAGAAGAAGCCGGGCGGUACCUGGAGACUUACAAGUCCUACGAGCAGAAGCCGGCUGACCUACUGAAGGAAAAGCUGGAGCAAGACUUUGUGUCAAGGGUCACUGAGUGUCUGACCACGGUGAAGUCAGUGAACAAGACGGACAGCCAGACGCUGCUGGCCACCUUUGGGUCCCUGGAGCAGCUGGCAGCCGCCUCUCAAGAUGACUUAGCCCUGUGUCCUGGCUUUGGGCCUCAGAAGGCCCGCAGGCUCUUUGAAGUCCUACACCAGCCCUUCCUGAAGGAGCCCUGAAGACGCCGGGUCUGCUGGGUGGGAGGGUCCCAGGAGGGCUGCCAAUAAAGCACAGACACCGCA